UUUAUUUAGCUUGUCUAUGAAAAUAUUUUGACAUUAUUGUUUCCUCUGCUUCUUCGCGCACAAAAAUAAAAUUGUGACGGUUGUUGGGAAAUCGGAAAAACUUACAGAAGGUUUUCUUUUCCUUGUUCUUUUUUCCUUCAAGAGAGCCGGUACAGUGACGACUUUUUUUAUAAUAGCCAUUCAUACGGCACCGGGUGCGUUGUUUGUUGUGGUAUCGAUUUAUCGAUAGUUUUGGAAAAACAAGUGUUUGUGUGAAGUAUUUGAGUGCAUUUUAAAGAAGGAGUCAUGGGUAACAUCCACACCGUGGGUCCGAAUGAGGCGCUGAUCGUAUCAGGAGGAUGUUGCGGGUCGAUGCAGAAGCGCACCAUCGUGGGCGGCUGGGCGUGGGCGUGGUGGCUGGUCACCGAUGUCCAGCGGAUCUCGCUCGAGGUUAUGACGUUGAACCCGAUGUGCGAAUACGUAGAGACCGCCCAAGGUGUCCCGCUGACUGUGACGGGUGUCGCUCAGUGCAAAAUAAUGAACGAGGAUGAACUACUCACAACCGCCUGCGAGCAAUUCCUUGGCAAGACUGUGAAGGAGAUCAAAAUGACUGUCCUUCAAACCCUUGAGGGUCAUUUGAGAGCUAUUCUAGGAACUCUUACAGUAGAAGAGGUGUACAAGGACAGAGACCAAUUCGCGGGUCUGGUUCGCGAGGUAGCAGCCCCAGACGUGGGGCGGAUGGGCAUCGAGAUCCUGUCCUUCACGAUCAAGGACGUGUACGAUGACGUCCAGUACCUGGCCAGCUUGGGCAAGGCGCAAACCGCGGCCGUCAAGCGCGACGCGGAUGUUGGAGUCGCGCAGGCUAACAGGGACGCUGGCAUCAGGGAGGCGGAGUGCGAGAAGAGCGCGAUGGACGUGAAGUACUCGAUGGACACCAAGAUUGAGGACAACACCCGCCUCUUCAAGCUGCAGAAGGCGCAGUUCGACCAGGAAGUCAACACCGCUAAAGCCGAGGCCGCGUUGGCGUACGAGUUGCAAGCCGCGAAAAUCAAACAGAAAAUACGAAACGAGGAAAUUCAGAUCGAAGUUGUUGAGCGUCGCAAGCAGAUCGAGGUGGAACAACAAGAGAUCCUGCGUCGUCAGGAGGAGUUGUCGGCCACGGUGAAGCUGCCUGCAGAGGCUGAAGCUUACCGUCUGCAGGCCAUCGCCGAGGGAAAACGCACCCAAACUGUGGAGGCAGCCAAGGCAGACGCGGAGCGCAUCAAGGUGCUUGGUCUGGCCGAAGCCACGGCCAUCGGCGACGUGGGUAAGGCAGACGCCGAGCGGAUGCUGGCCAAAGCCAAGGUCUACAAGCAGUAUGGAGAGGCUGCCAUCAUGGCCCUUGUGCUUGAGGCGUUACCCAAGAUCGCCGCAGAAGUAUCAGCACCGCUCGCGAAGACAGACGAGAUCGUGCUGGUGGGUGACGGCGGCGCGACUGGCGAGGUGGCGCGCCUGGCAAGCGGCAUCCCGCCCGCCGUGAAAACGCUCACCGGGCUCGACCUCACGCAGGUCUUGAAGCGUCUGCAUCCCACCCCCGCAGAACCUGUCGCAACUCCUGCUUCGGGUAAAAAGGUAGCUGCGUGCUAAGGAGCCGAAGCCCCGACAGAAACCAGUCUGCCAUACCUAUACCAGCAAAUAUGAAGUAACUCAACGAUGGAAUACUCUCGAUCAGGCUGUACAACAUUGAAUCUCUGCCUUCCUUAAAAAAAACAUUUAAAACUGUAGACGAUUUUGAAAUUCGAAAGAACUGUUCAGAAGAAAAGUGGUUUGUAUUAUUUAAAGUGUUUCAUUUUAAGUGAUGUUGAUGUGUAUUUGUAUAAGUACAAAAAUCCCACCUUUGAUAUUAUUAAUUGUUCAAUUAC